AUGUUAAUGCUGGUGCUUGCAAUUACAGGAGUCAGGACUAUACGCAGAACACCAUCGCCUUCCUCACCUCUUCUCCUCAAGAUGAGUAACCUCACACUCAGCCCGAAUGCAACAAGCCCAGGGUCGCUAUCCGGCCGGCCGCCCUGGUACCAGUAUGACGUGUGUGCUGUGGCGCCGUACGGCUUCAUCUUCUACUUUGGCGUGAAGGUGUUCAACCUGGCAGUGGGCUUCCCCACCAACAUGCUGGUGAUAUGGAAGGUGGCCACGAGCAAGAGCGAAGGCUCUACCUCAGACAUCUUCAUCUUCAACCUGGCCAUCCUGGACGCCUUCUUCUGCCUCAUGACGCCCAUCGACUUUGUCAACCGCCUGAUCCUGGACAACGAGCAAAUCUGGCACUUCCAGCUCUUCUACUACGGAGUCAAGGACACGGCACCACUCUUCCUCACCUGCAUCUGCCUGGACCGCUAUGUUGCCGUGGUGCACCCCAUCCUCUUCACGGGCAUCCGUGACAACCGCAUCCGGACGGCCGUGACGGCGCUGGUGUGGGGGCUCAUCCUGGCCUACGCGCUCACCAAGUCCCUCCUGGGCGUGCGGAGCACCACCGAGAUCUUCAGCGGGUUCAUCCUCUUCGCCUUUGCCCUCAUGGUCUUCUGCAACCUGUCCAUCGUCUGGGUGCUGCGCAAGUCCGUGGCGGGCAAGGAGACCAUGAACCCGGUGAAGAAGAGAGCCUUCAAGAUGGUGCUGAUCGUGAUGGGCAUCAUCGUGUGCAACUACCUGCCCCCCGUGGCAACGAUGCCCUUCGUGGCUUACUACACCUUCGUGGCGUUCCGCUGCCACAUCAGCAUCUCGGUGUUCUCCAUCAUGGACCUGAGCUGCAGCAUCGAGCCGCUGCUCUACCUCAGCAAGAUGGAGAAGCUGGCUUGCUGUGCCUGCUUCCAGAGCCCCCAGAAGAAGCCUGCUGAAGUGACUGUAUAG